ACUUCUGUCCAGCUCCGACUAUUUAACUUUUUGAAGAAUUGUCCAACCAGAGUUUCAAAGUGCUUGACCCAUCUUGGUUUUUUUCUUUCCCUGACCGAUGCACCUCACAGACAUCACCAUUGCCUACAAAGUGCUGGCAGUUUACCCUCAAAGCCGCCGAGUGCUCAUAACCUGUGACAUCCCCGAGGCACCCCGGCCCAUCACUUACUCUCUCAUGGCUAGCCGAGGUGUCCUGGUAGCAAAAAGGGUUGUGCGUGACUACAAGCCGGCCACCUUUAACAUCAACAUCACACUCAAAUCCAGCCCAGACCUGCUCACCUACUCCUGCCAAGCAGCCUCUGACCUGGGCACCUACGGGCCCAGCAGCAGGCUGCAGAUGUACUUGGAGCUGUGGGACAAGCCCGUGUCCCAGCUGCAGACUGACGUCACACUGUACAACGGGGACUCAGGCCCCACCGCGAACCUUUCCUGCCUGGCAUCCUCCGGCAGUCCACCCAUUAUCUACCGCUUGGUUGCGGAUGACGGACACGUACGUGUACAGCAGAGGCCACUCCAUGGGGAGCCUGCCACCUUCUCCAUCCCGCUGUCCCAGAUGUCGGGCUGGUUCCAGUGCGAAGCCACAAACGGCAUCAGUGCCGAUAGCAGUGCUCCCAUCCUGCUGCCCCCAGCAGAAGCCCAACCCAGGCUCCUCACCACCCCAGGGGAGCUGCCCCUGAUACCCACCUGCAUUCUGGCUGGCAGUCUCAUCUCCAUUGCAGCUAUUAGUUUCGUGGUGCUGAGCUCAACCAGGUAAUCCAUGGGGGCUUGAUGGGGGGUGAGCGGCUGACCACCUCUGUGACAGCCAGGGUGCUGAAUGGGAACAGCAGGUUAGUCUUCAAUGUGCAACAUGUGCCCAACUGAAGCUGCUUAUUAAAGCCAAAAGCCUACAGUGUCCAGCACAUUCCUUACACACCCCACCCUAACCAGGGCUCUCAGCUGACAUCUGGACGGGGACCUCCCUGUGGGUCUCCAGGGUGGGCAGGAGCAUCUGGCCUCCACAGCCCUCCACAGCCGUCCCACCAGUCAGCCUUUCUGCGGGGGUGAGGUCUACCAGGUUCCCCUCUCCAGGCCUUCACAUCUGACAUGUACAGUGGCCAGGGCCUUUGUGUGGUCUCUGAGCAUCAACUGCUGGCCUGUGGUGGUGGAUACUUCUCUUUCUUUGCACACCUCAGCUUGGCCCCCAGCUGGCACUUCUGGUUCCUCCUCCCAAGAGUAUCCAGAGGCCAGACUCCUGCGGGGGCACCUUGCCUCUCCAGGACCCAUUGUUUUCAUCUGUAAAAUGGGGUACAGAGGCCUAGCUCCGGCUGACUGUGUGACCAGGGACCAGUGAGUAACCUCUUGGUGAUUCAGUGAAUUUAGUGGCGUGAGUAAGAUCCCUGAUGUGCUUGAAACCUUAAGGUUGGGUGCGUGUGUCUGACCAGACUGUCAACUCCCUUGUCGUCAGGUUGUGACCAGAGGACAGAGACCAGGCUCGCCUCCCUGCCCUAUACAGGAACCAUCCACCGGAAGGAAAAAGAGCCUGGGGAGUGGGGGCAGAAAGGGUGUGUAUUCGAAGAUCGGGGUACCAAAAGCAGUGCACCCCCCAAAAAGGCCCAGAAAUCUAGAGCAUUAGUGUGUAUACAGCACAAAGGAAUAAAAUUGCAUUGUG